CUCUUGCUUGCUUUCCUCAUCAUUAUUCUUAUUCACGGCUACACAGAGUAUAUGUAUUCUUUUACAGCGGCUCGGAGGUGCUAUUCGCCCUCAUGCUGUAGACCAGCAGCUCCUCUGUUGCUAGAUUUUCUCGCACCAUCCGCUCCCCGCCGUCAAUAUCACGCAACACCAAUCUACAGAUCCGCCGAAUCCCAAUCAAGUCCCGAAUCCCGAAAGCCGAAGUAUGUCCUGAACAAAAAGCAACGAGAGUUCCUCGAUAGCGCGCUGCGAGUCAACCAGGCUGGCGAAUUAGCUGCAACGCUAAUUUAUACCGCCCAAACGCCGCAAGUCGUCCGUUCGCACCCACACCUCCGACCGUUGAUGAAGCACAUGUACGACCAGGAGGAGGGCCACCUCACUACAUUCAAUGAGAAAAUUGCCAAGCAUCGAGUACGCCCAACAGCGAUGUACCCGGUAUGGGAAACCGCGGCUACUUUUCUGGGCUGGUCGACGGGUGUCAUGGGACGAGAGGCAGCGAUGGCCUGUACUGAAGCUGUGGAAACAGAAAUCGGCUCGCAUUACAACGAGCAAGUCCGGGAAAUUCUGUCAUGGGAGGCUGAGGCGCACAGUCGUGGAGAGGAGCUGGACGAUGAGUUGAAGGAAAUGCUUACGACUUUUCGAAGAAUCCGGGAUGAGGAGCUCGAGCAUCUAGACCAUGCUGUUGAGAACGAUUCCAAGGAGGCACGGCCUUACGACCCCCUUGUCAAUGUAAUCCGACUCGGGUGCAGAGCGGCCAUCAAGAUUAGCGAAAAGGUAUGAUUGUCAGAAUGGGUCCUGAAAAGGUUACCAACAUUGUAUAUUAUAGACCUCCUGUACCAUAGAGGAUUCUUUCUUGGAGCUUAAGCGGAUUGUCACUGUUUUGAACAGGUAUCUAUUUUUUGAUCUAGCAAGCAUGGGUAUAUAUGUAAACAAUCAUCCUGCCUCUAAUUCUGAUGGUUCUUCUCCAAGUAAUCGAGGAAGUUCUUCGAGAAUCGCGCCACCUGCUGGUAGACCUCCUCAAAGCCAUUUGCCCCGCCAUAGUAAGGGUCCUGGACUACCUCU